GGUGCGCACCACAGCUACGCACCAGCAGACGACACAGUUAGUCCUCAGCUGUGACUACACCAUGUUAUCGUCCGCCAGAAUUUCUCUCCGUUGUACAAUUCAGAGGCUUCAUGCCAGGGCAUCAUCAACAGUUGUCAAGGAUACCCAGAUUCCAGACUUCUCCGUGGAGAAUGAGCCACUUUUGGAUUACCUGCCAGGCAGCCCAGAACGAGCUGAACUGGAGGCUGCCAUUGCUAAACAUGAGUCACAGGUAGUAGAUGUGCCUAUCAUGAUUGGGGACAAAGAGUACCGUACAGACCUUGUCCAGCACCAGGUGAUGCCCCACAAGCACUCUCACAAGUUGGCCAAGUUCUACUACGCCAAUUCAGAACUCGUACAAAAAGCUAUUGACACAGCAAUGGCUGCCCGUGUCAGCUGGGAGAAAGUUCCCCUCCGUGAAAAGUUUGACAUGUGGCUUAAGGCAGCAGAUCUGAUGGCAGGCAAAUAUCGACAAGACCUUAAUGCAACCACCAUGUUGGGUCAGAGUAAGACCAUUAUUCAAGCUGAGAUUGAUGCUGCAGCUGAACUUAUUGACUUCCUAAGAUUUAAUGCUCUAUAUGCCAAAGAAGGAACCAAAUGGCAGCCAAUAAGCCCAGCACCUAAUGUAACAGUCAACAAGCUGAGACUGCGUGGCAUGGAAGGCUUUAUAGCAGCAGUGUCACCCUUUAAUUUCACUGCCAUUGGAGGUAACUUAGCCUACACUCCUGCAAUGAUGGGUAAUGUUGUUCUUUGGAAGCCUUCUGACACUGCUAUACUGAGCAACUACACAGUGUACAAGAUCAUGCGGGAGGCCGGUGUUCCAGGCGGUGCUGUGAGCUUUGUCCCUGCCGAUGGUCCAGUCUUUGGAGACACAAUUACAAAAUCUCCUAACUUGGCAGCCCUUAACUUCACUGGAUCUGUCCCAACCUUCCAGCGACUGUGGAGUCAAGUGGGACAGAACUUGUCAAAAUACAAGAGCUUCCCUCGCCUAGUGGGAGAAUGUGGUGGUAAGAAUUACCACUUGGUGCAUCCAACUGCUGAUGUUACCUCAGUUGUUAAUGGCACUAUACGCUCAGCCUUUGAAUAUUGUGGACAGAAGUGCUCGGCUUGUUCACGUGCCUACAUUCCUGAAUCGUUGUGGCCAGAGAUUAAAGAAAAAAUUUUGGCAGUCCACAAAGAGCUGAAGGUUGGUGAUGUUAGAGAAUUUGACUCCUUCAUGUCAGCUGUGAUUGAUGCAAAAGCCUUUCAACGCAUCAGUAGUUACAUAGAACAUGCCAAGUCCUCUCCAAACCUUUCCAUUAUUACUGGUGGAAAAUGUGAUGACAGUUAUGGUUACUUCAUAGAGCCGACAAUUGUACAGACAAAGGACCCCCUUGACCGCAUCAUGACUGAAGAGAUCUUUGGCCCUGUCCUUUCUGUUUAUGUUUAUCCCGAUAAUCAAGUUGAUGACAUGGUAAAGCUUGCCAACACGUCUACCCCCUACGCCCUAACUGGAGCUAUAUUUGGACAAGAUCAAUCAUGGUUGGAAAAAGCAGCAGAUGAACUGAAGGAUUCUGCAGGUAACUUCUACAUAAAUGAUAAAUCAACUGGAUCUGUAGUAGCACAACAACCCUUCGGAGGAGCUCGUAUGUCAGGAACCAACGACAAAGCCGGAGGUUUGCAGUACGCCCUCAAGUGGACUUCACCCCAAGCCAUCAAGCAGACUAUGGUGCCACUUACUGAUGUUAAGUAUCCAUAUAUGGAAUAAAUGUUCUGCAUAUCAACAGUUAUGGAUGGUGUGAGGUUGAUCACAGUCUAUCUUGUCCCUCCACAUUUUGUGCACCUUUGUUUCAUAUUGCAUUCAGUAGAACAUCUUCUGAUCAAAUAUUUAAAACAUCAGUGUAUGAUUUGGUGCUUCUGCCAUAUGUUGCGCUCACAUAAAUUGUAGCUGUGACAAGAAUCCCAGAAUGAUCAUCAGUGUAGACUUGGAUUUUCAGUUCCAUCUUGGUUGUAAGUUGCUACGAAUUAAUUCUUGAAAGAUAUCCAUCUUGUUUAUAUACUGUCAGGAAUAUUCAUUCUUGGUAAUUUGCAUCAUAACUUCACAAGCAGAACUCCAUUUUCUAUGAGUUUAGUUAAUUGGUAUACUACUGAAUGGUAUAUGAAUACAGUAGUUAAUUGUUUUCUCCCUCUAGAAAAAGGUUUGUGCUCAGUGGAAAAUUUUUUUUCCAUAAUUAUAUAUACAUUAUUAUGGAAUGGCAGUUAACAGAAUGCCAGGUAAAUAUAAUUUGAAAAUAAAUGGAACACAGAAACAAAAUCCCAGUUCGAUAUAAUCUAGAAUUUGUUUAUGUAGCAAUACUGCAUUGGUUGGAGUAAGUAUAAUUAUGACACACAUUGAGUAUUUUAGGAGCCUGUCCAGUUUCAUAGUGGUACUAAGAUUGAUACAGUAUUUGUAACUGAAAUUACACGUGAAGACUUAGAAUAUACUGGAUAAUAAAUUUGGUGUAAUUGAAGUAGUAGUCAGGGUAUCAAUGAGUUUAGUAAAAAAUAAAUAAAAUUAAGUAAAAUUUUCCAUAUUGCGCCACUGGUACUUUCUGCCCAGGUACGGUACACAAAAGAAAAUACAGGGUAGCCACAUAGAGCAUUACAGUAGUAGUAAGGAACACAGAAGUAGCAACAACCCCAAACAAGUCACAUAAGACUAGUCACUUUCUUUCCUCUAUUGAAUUAUGUUGAGUCAGUUAUUAUGGAUGUACAGUAUAUAGUAGGCACAUCUUUGUGAAAAUUUUCCUGAUUUAUUUAUAUUAUUAUGAAUUGCUGUCAUGCUUGUAAAUAUGCAGAUUAAUACAAGCAUUUAUACACGGACUGCUUAGAAUGCAGGAACCAUAAUAGCGGAGGAUCCUUUUUAUGGUUUGUGUUGUAAGAGUAAUUACUACUAGAUGAUGCCACUAAUUAAUAAUAAAAAAAAUAAAAAAAUGAAAAGUUUCACGUGAGAAAACCUUCCAUUCGUUUAGCUUUUAUACAACCCAUGAAAUUGUGGUUGUUAAAUGGUGUAAGUGUUUGUUGGGACUUUUUAAAAUUUAUAUUCACUUUAGUUUCUUUGCCGAAUUUUUUUAAUUGGAAAAUAUUACUUAAUGGAAAAUACAGGUCAUGAUUGUUCACUGUUGAGGAUUCUUGGUUUUACAAUUCCAGGUUUAUGCUCCUUAAAUUUACAAAUAUUAUUUUUGACUGGUUGUGGACACCUCAUGCUUCUGUAGGUAGAGUAAACAUUUCCAUGAGCUGUACACACAGAUGGGAUAAAGGAUCAUGACCUUCCAACAACUUUACAGAGGGAAGGGUAGAGUUAAGUGUAAAUGUAGAUAUUUCUCCUUCACCCAGAGCAAAAUUACUGUUCUUUACUGAAUGAAACUAUUAAUUUAAAGUAGUGUGUGAUCACCUGAGCUGUCUGACACAACUUGAAAGACCAUUCUCCGAUCUUCCAUGUCAUUAUGCCUUAAUGUGAUAGCACACAAACACAAUUUCCAAUGAUAUGGGAAACUUUAAUCAAUAUAUAUAUUUGUUGUCGCUUUAUGAUGAUCAAGUGAGCUUGUUAAGAUAAUGAAUUUAUUUCUCAGUUUGAUGGUAGACUAAUGUUGAAGUCUUAUUUUAUUUUGUGAUUUAUUUAGAAUACAAGGUGGACUCCUGUAUUCCACACCUGAAAAGCACAUUUAAAGAAUAGUUACAUUUUUUAGAAAGGAAUUUUGUUGUCAGUCUUGCACUUUUUCAUGCUGGACCCCACCCAAGUGAAACAAAAAAGAUGUGCAAAAAUUCAGAUUUAUGCUGGAUCAAAAUUUACCCUCGAUAAACUCGUAGACCCUUUACUGUAUAUAAUGUUGAGGAAUCUAUAGAAUCCACAAAACAGUUAUGAAAUUGUGGCUACUUAUUUGUCUUUAGUUAUGGAUGCCUGUUAUUUUUAGUAACUCAUUGCCUCACAUAUAAAUCGUGUCCAGGGUUAUGUAGAGAGGAUUAUCAGAUAGUUAUAUCUAUAUUAGUAGUGUAUGAGAAUCAUGAAAGUUUAAUAGUAUAUUAAAAGACUUGAAAAGUAUAAACUUCAUGGAGUUCUGGUAUAUCCUGUACAAGUGUACUUCUUUAGCAAUCAUCAUUCCUGUUAAAUCUUUAUAUUUUAAACAUUGUCUGGGGGAAAAUAUCCAGUGUGCUUUUGCUGCAAGUCUGCUCAGUUCUAGUUUACAGUUUGAUUAUGUAAAUAAAAAAAAAUUUCCUUUAGAUAAAUUAGUGAGAUUUCUUAUUUUAAAUAAAUAUUUCCUUAUUUAAACCAAAAUCUUUGGAAAUUGUUGAGUGCAGUUACCUAAAUGUUCAUAAGAUUUUAUUUUCUCUACACAUUUAUGGUGUAACAAGCAUGGAUGAUGAUAUGUGAUAUAUAGCGGCUGUAUAACUAAUGUAUAGCCAUACAUUGGAUAUUAAUUUAGAAUAUUUAAUUUCCCACCGUGUGAAAAAGAUAUCAAUAAAGAUUAGAUGUUGUUGACUGAUAAUGUUUUAGUGACAAGAUACCCUAUCAUUUUCAGUUCCAUAACUAUUUAAUGUAUAUUUAUAACUGGAAAGUCAUGGGGGAUAAAUUACUUUAGAAGAGUUUGUCCAAAAUUAUUCCAUUGCCUUGAUAAUUAGCCUGAAAAUUCACAAAAAGCUCAUAAUGGCCAAAACAAAGAGAUACCACAAUAGCCAUGAAAGGUGGUUUGAGGGUCAUCAUGGGGAGUCAACAGGCAAUCUUGUCAAGUUUAAAAGGAAUAAUUGUUACCAAGAAUAAGAUUAACUAAUUAAAGCAACCUUAACUAACAACUUGUUUUUAAGGAUCCAUAGCGAUUAGAAUGAGAUUGUGCACUAAAUCACUAUAAAUGGCCAAUGUGUCCAGGCUGCUUUAACCUUUGGGUAUUUGUGGGGAUGGAUGGCCUUGUUACUGUCUAUAAUGUGUGUCCUCCUCACCAAUGUCUAUAUUUCUUGUUAAUGGUGGCCAGGGCCUUGCUGUCUACCUAAAGAUAAUCAACAUUGUCGAAAAUUGAUUAAUUUCUUUCGUAUAUAAUGUCAUAAUAACACAAACUGUAUUUUCUAUAAAAACCGAGUUAAAUGAA